AUGGGCCUCUUCAACUUCUUCAAGUCCUCCUCCAACCAGCAGCAGGAGCAACAGCCCCAGCAAGCCACCUGGGACCCUAACACCCUGACCAUGCAGCAGCCCUCGUGCCCUACUGCGCCCAGCACCGAGCGAGUUGUGACUGAGCAGCCUAACUCUGAACAGAACAUGAAGCUGCGCGGUGGUGGAGGUGGUGAUCUGCGCUGGUCUCUGCUGCUUCGAAUGCUGCGAAGAGUGCUGUUAGAGCCAUUCCAUGUCCACGGUCUCUAUAAUGCCCAACAAAGCAUGCAGGAACAAAGUCAUGAGGUGUGA